AUGAAGUAUCUCAUUAGUUUGAUUGCCGGCGUUGGGCUAGCUGCUGCUGCUCCAUUGGAAGCUCGCGCUACCAACAGCUUUUUCUUUACUUUUGGUGAUUCCUACUCCAUGAGCAGUUUUGAUGUCGGUGGCACGCAGCCAACUCCUGGCAACGCAAUGGGGAACCCAACUCUGGGUACCGGAACAACCGGUGGCGGCAUCAACUGGGUGGGAGACUUGACGACUGUGUACAAUGCCUCACUGGUCCUCAGCUACAACUUCGCUGUUGGAGGAGCGUCUCUCGACAACGCCCUUGUUAAAACUAAUACCAAGGAAGAUGUGGUAACCCAAAUCGCCAGCUUCCAGACAGCAUAUGGUAAAAAGCCUGCUACUGCACCAUGGAGUUCAGACAACGCAGUGUUUGGAAUUUGGAUUGGAAUCAAUGACAUUGGUUGGGCUGCAGCAAGCCAAGACUCCAGUGUCCUGGUGCCAAAGAUCAUGGCCCAGUAUAAGGCUCAAGCUGAAAAGCUCUAUGCAAAUGGUGGACGGAAGUUCAUCUUCCUCAAUGUCCCCUCUGUGAGCCGAUCUCCCCAGAUCAUCGGCCAAGGGGAAGCUGUUGCAGCCCACCACGCUGAGUGGCUCGCAGCUUUCAACGCUGCCCUCAAGACAAUGGUCAAUGAAUUCAUUGCAGACAACAGUGGCACUACAACCGUUCUCUAUGAUUCAUUCGCCUUCAUGACUAAGGUCCUCGACGCUCCUGCCAAAUACGGAUUCACCGAUGCUACUUGCGUCAAUAACGAUGGUGCCACCUGUGUCUGGUGGGAUCCCUACCACCCAGGUCAUGCUUACCACAAGCUGCAGGCGGCGGAUAUGAAAGAGCACAUGCACUCCCUCGGGGCUUGGUAG